UUCCCUGCCCUCUGUUAACUCAUAUAUUCCCAAAAAGAGAUAAAAUGAUUACCCUUUCAUGCGUUUAUUUAUCCUUCCUUCGCCCUGUCCAAACAGACCCUAAUUUCCUUGGGAAAUAAUUGCUUCCGUUACUCCCUUAGUCCUCCUGUUUAAAAAAUUUUUAAGGAGAGAUAUAGAGACAGGCUAUGGCUCCUGACGGCGAGGUAUCAGACGCUGCAGGUGAAGCCAUGGUUGCUCAACGCCCAAUUUCUAAUAUCCUCAUUAUCAUCGCUAUGCAAACGGAAGCGACGCCUGUGGUGAACAAGUUCCAGCUCGUGGAGGAACCAGAGUCUUCGUUUCCAAAAGGGGUUCCUUGGGUUUGGUAUCAUGGUAUUUACAAAGAUCUCCAUAUCAAUUUGGUAUGGCCAGGAAAAGAUUCAAAUCUGGAGGUUGAUAGUGUAGGCACAGUUUCUGCAUCACUUGUGACAUAUGCUGCUAUCCGAGCAUUACAGCCAGACUUAAUCAUCAACGCAGGCACUGCUGGUGGCUUUAAGGCAAAAGGAGCAUCUAUUGGUGAUGUAUACCUCGUAAGUGAUGUUACUUUCCAUGACAGAAGAAUCCCUAUCCCUGUUUUUGAUCUCUAUGGUAUUGGUUUGCGGCAUGCUUACCCAACACCCAAUCUCCUAAAGGACCUUAACCUAAAGGUUGGCAAGUUGUCUACUGGAGACUCUUUGGACAUGUCUCCACAGGACGAAGCAACAAUUAUUGCAAAUGAUGCUUCUGUUAAAGACAUGGAGGGAGCAGCAGUUGCUUAUGUUGCUGAUCUUUUAAAAGUCCCUACAAUAUUUGUAAAAGCAGUGACUGAUAUUGUAGAUGGUGAGAAGCCAGCCGCAGAGGAAUUCCUGCAGAAUUUGGCAGCAGUGACUGCUGCACUUGACGAGGCAGUUGCCCAAGUAAUUGAUUUCAUCAAUGGGAAGUGUCUUUCUGAACUUUGAAAUGGCUCAAGCUUCACUUCACAAUUAAUCUGAAGAUUGCUGUGGGAAAGGAUCAUGUGAAAAUUGAUCUUCAAGAUGCCAGAUAUGUUUCAGGAAAUAUGAUGUUUAGCCUAAAACCACUAUUACUUCAAGGCAUAUGAAUUGAGCAGCUUAAAAGGGAAAUGUUGAUGCAUGAUAGUCGUUUUACCCAGUUUGAGAAUGCAUAAUACCUGUUUUACAAUUUACACAAUAUAUGGGUUUAGUUCAUGUCAAAGUUGUGUGUGAUUAUUGUCAGAGUCCAGUACAAUAAUUCACCCACAGUGUUUUGAGUGUUGACAGAGGUCUAUUUAAUGUAAAAAUUGUGCUUCCAUGAUUAAGCUUUCCUUACGCCUUUCAA